AUGGAAUUUCCAGGAAGCACAACCAUCAGUAUUGAUGAGAUUAAUGGUAAUGGAGACGAUGAUGAAAACGAAGAUGGGGCUUUUCUUUGGGUUUAUCGUUAUCAUGUCUUGUCUGAUGGAACAUACGCCAAAUCUUUCCAAGAGUCAUCGAGCAACGCCUGUAACAGUACGCUCCAACAGUACAGGGACCACAGCGUCGACUCGCUUCUACCAGAAUUGAGCAUCGCGUAUCAUGCUGAUUGUAUCCUAGCGAAUACCACCGAGACGAUCAAAGCCAACAUGGCGAGUGCGGGAGUAGUCCUCGGACUGAUGCCUAGCCUGCUGUCGUCUCUGGGUCCUUCGCUAGUGGUUUCCACAACUCUGGCGCUCGAACGCCCCUUUCUCUCCUUCUUGCUCGCUAUCGCAGCCCCAGCCUUCUAUCCUUUCCGGGCUUUCGACUAUCAAGAUCCACUAGGGCCCUUGAAGCAAGCAACGGCAACAAUGCCGCGCAUAACGCCCUUGCCCCGCUGGGCUCACAUCCUGAUCAGUCUCCUGCAGUAUCUCUUAGCCCUCGCUGCCGCCUCGAACGUCAUUAUCACCUCACUUAACCUGGGUCUGAAGACGGUAGUCACGUGGAAGAAAGACCAAUGUUAUCUGCCCCUGAUGUGGGUCGCUCUGCACCUUGCCAUCCACCUUUGCGCCAUGAUAAGGUUGCACUCGUUCGGGGAGAAGGUACGAACUCUACCCUGGAAUAUGAUCAUACUGGCCCCCUCCCGGCUUUCUGAUACCAAUCAGCAGCAAGCAAGCCCAAAGUCGCCCAGUAAGGCCACCUACAGCACAGCCAUCCGUCUCAUCACCGCCAAAACCCGACUUUGCGCACUACGAGAAGGACAUGACUUCUCCUCCGGCAACGAGACAUGCCUGGCCGCUGUGCUUGGCGUGGUGCUAUCCGUCUUCUCAGUGGUGCAUCUGUUCAUGGGCACGAUGAUUUUCUCGUCACUGCUCUUCAUCGGCGUGAAUGACGCCUGGCGGAUUGUGUUGUGUUAUAGCCUUCCGGCUGCGGUGGCUCAGCUGAUCCGGACAUUUGAGAUUGCGGGACUGCUGCACGCCGGUGUUUCUACUGGUAGGGUGGAUCGAGAUUGA